AUGGAUUCAUCUCACACUACUACCCUGCUAUAUCGAAAUUAUGCCACGAACCUCCCCUCCCCCCUAAUUAGCGACAAUUAUGACCCCGACAGCAACAAACAAGAAUCAGGGAAAUUGAGGCUGGUCAUAGUGACAGUGCCAUCGCAUCCGAAGUCUCUCCAGUCACCUGAUCCCCGACAGCGGCUACUCGUGUCCUCAGUUGCAUCGAAUAAGUCCCCUUGGAGACUCUCUCGUGGAAAAGCACUCGUCGGCGUCAGAGACAAUCGCUGCCAGUUGUUGCCGCGCCAACACCAGGGAGAGGCUGUUUCUCCUCCGUCUGGCCGCCAUCACACUGCCCGCCGUUGCAACACCACAAUAAAAAUGAAUAAAGAAAACGAGGUCUUAAAAGAUCUGGUGAGGGCAGACUUAGCUAAUUCCACUGCUGCCUCCAAUCUCGCCUUCAAUGAAAAGGUGAAGGGAAUGAUAAGAUCCGGAAGGAAGGUUUACCACUUUGCCUUCGGUCAGUCUCCGUUCCCCAUUCCUCCAUGCUUAGUAAGGGCCAUGCAGGAGUAUGCCCACGUACACGACUAUUUGCCCAUGACAGGCAUUCCCGAGCUGCGAGAAGAGCUUGUCAAGUUCCACGCUCGUUACGACCACCUCGACCUCAACGGAGAGAGCAUGGUGGUUGGGCCUGGCAGCAAGGAACUCAUCUACCUCACCAUGGCGACUUUUAGCGGAGAGAUCCUUCUUCCCGCCCCCGCCUGGACGACCUACGCCCCCCAGGCUCGGCUCGCAGGGAAGGAGACCAGGAUCCUGCAGACGGACAGGGCCAAGGGCUGGAAACUGACGCCGGAGGUCCUGGAGGAGGCGGGGCGGCGAGGGACGUCGAAGAAGCUGCUCAUCUUGACUAAUCCUGGGAAUCCUACUGGGACUUGCUACAAGGAGGAGGAAUUGAAGGCGCUCAGCUCAGUGUGUCGCCGCCACGGGAUCCUUGUCCUGAGCGACGAGAUUUACGCCCGACUCACCUUCGACAGGAAAUACUCGUCCAUGGUGAAGUGUUACCCCGAAGGCACUAUCCUGACGUCAGGCUUCAGCAAAUGGGCGUCGGCAGGAGGAUGGAGGCUCGGGUACGCCCACUUCCCGCCCGCCACGAAGCCGCUCAUGGAGGCCGUCAGGAAUGGGGCGUCGCACACCUACUCCUGCGCCCCCGCGCCCAUGCAGUACGGCGUGGCCAAGGCGCUGCGAGAGCACAAGGAGGAGCUCGACCGAUAUAUGACAGACUGUAGCAGGAUACUGGGAGCGGUGGGGAGCUUCUGCCACAGAGAACUCUCCAGCGUGGGCGUGGGCGGGAGUGUGAGUGAAGCAGGAUAUUACUUCAUGCCAGACUUCGAGGUGGUGCGGGCGGGUCUCCGAGCUCGAGGCAUGACGUCGGGCGACCACAUGUCCAAGGCGAUGUUGGAGGAAGCUGAUGUGGCCGUAAUGUCCGCCCACGCUUUCCUACGCCCACCGGAGGAAUUCACGACCCGCUUCUGCUUCGUUUGUUUCGACGGUUCGAACGCCCUCGAGGCCGCCCAGGGAAAGCCGGCGUCCGAAACCCUUGGCGACGACUUCGUUCGCCAGUAUUGUUCUCCAGUCGUCGAGGGUGUUGAGCGGUUGAAGUCUUGGGUUGUGAAGCAUACUGUCUGAUGUGGAUUUUUGGUUUUCCUCUUUCUUUCUUUCUUUCUUUCUUUUUCUUCUUUUUGUCUUUGGGUUUACUUUUAUGUUCGGUUGUCUUCUUGAGGUUUCUUUGAUUUGGUCUGUCUGCUCGGCUCUCUCUCUCUCUCUCUCUCUCUCUCUCUCUCUCUCUCUCUCUCUCUCUCUCUCUCUCUCUCUCUCUCUCUCUCUCUCUCUCUCUUCUCUCUCUCCUCUCUCUCUCUCUCUCUCUCUUCUCUCUCUCUCUCUCUCUUCUCUCUCUCUCUAUCUCUCUCUCUUCUCUCUCUCAUACUUAUCCUUCCAUCAUCAGAUCAUUCCUUUUCUUUCAAACUAACAAAUUUAUUAAGGUUAAUGUACUGUAUUGCCUGUCAAUAAAGAACAUACAAUUCUUCCUUUUAA